AUGUCCAGUCUGAAGCCACUGAUGGAUUACGCUGUGGACUUGCUUGACAAGCAGGUUCUUGCAAGGUUGACUGAACUCCUGCAGGGCAGCAUCGCCCACCAGUUCCAGCAUCAUGGGGAGAGUGCCUUCAAGUCAGGUGUGGAGAUUGCUCGCGUGCUUCGAGUGGAGAAUUUUCCUUUGUGGACAAAGUAUCAAGCCCACUUGGAGCAAGUCAAGUCUGACCUUUCCUGGUUUAACAUAGCGGCAGGUAGCAGCCAACUUUCCACGCAGAUUUCAGACAACCUGCCUGCAGAGUGCGGUCAUCUUGAUAGCAGCGUUGCCAAGUGCAUGCUCUUCCAUGGUACCGACUAUGAGUCUGCUGUGCAAAUUGCUGUUGGAGGCUUCGACUUUCGUCUGAGCAAGCCUGGUUAUUAUGGGCAGGGAACCUAUUUUGCAAGCCAAGCCUGCAAGAGCCAUCAGUGCACCACGAAGAAGAGCAGCUUGCACACGAUCUUGCUCAGUCGAGUGAUACUUGGCGAUGUGGCGUUUGCUGAAGCAGUGGACAAAGAUCGGAAGAUCCCUCCGAAGCAUCCUGGCAUUCCACGUUGCGUGGACACAGUGGUGGCGAAGCCAGGCCCAAUGCCUGGCCACCACAACGGGCAGCAAGCGCAUGAGGAGUAUGUUAUCUUCGAAAAAUAUCAGGCGUACCCAGAGUGUAUCAUCCAAUACAGAUGCCGCUGA